AUGUUUCAAAUGUCAGAUCUUACAGCUAAAUAUAUUCCAAAACAUUAAUUUUGUCUAAAUCCCACGAAACGGAAGUUGAGUUGGGAGCGAUGGAGUGUUAUCUGAAGUGAAGAUUGAAGACGUGAUAGAAGAUGGACGACUACUGCUAUGCUAAGAUGGCGACGUCCGCUAAAAGAGAACAUGAAAGAGAAUCAGCGCCACCAACUUCCAGCAAAUCACCAACGGAGAUAAAGACGAAAGAUGAACGAGUUGAAGUUUCCAACGAAGAAAACAUUCUGACUCAAAAGAGCGUUGACGAAAAGUUAGCCGAAUAUGUUGAAGGACGUAAACAAAGGACCGCCAUGAUUGUUAGCUUGAAGAAGGCAGUGGAGUUCACAUCAGAGGAGAUGAAAGAAUGCAAAAGUCAAAUGAAGAAAGUGGAAGAGCAAAACAAGCGCUUGUGUAAAGAAAAUAAUGAUGUGAAAGAAGAGAUGUUGGGGAAGAGUAAGAGAUGUGAAGAGAAGACUGGACCACAUGUCUACAUCAACGUGCAGAGGAUUGGAGAGGUCCAGCAGCUGAUUGGUCAUCCAGAAGAGCUUCCCCCUCAGCCAGAGGGGGAUGGUUCCACUCUGAAGCAGGAGACUCCACAACCACCCUGCAUUAAAAAGGAAGAGGAGGAACUCUGGAUCACUCAGGAGGGAGAGUGUCUGGAUGAAGCUGAUCUCACCAAGUUGCCACUGACUGUUGUCUCGGCGAAGACUGAAGAUGAUGAGGAGAAACCACAAGGAGACAACCUCUUAGCGCCACUAUCAGAUAGUGAGGCUGAAGAUGAGGUUGAAGUGUCUUUGAGCAGCGAUACAGACUGUGAAGGUGAUAUGAGGACUCACACUGACAACAAACACUCAAAAAAGAAGAGAGGUAAAAAAGGUUUGAGCUGCUCCGUUUGUGGUAAAAACUUAAGUAAAGAAAGCCUUUUAACUCAACACAUGAGAAUGCACACGGGAGAAAAACCAUUUAUCUGUUCAGUUUGUGGCAAAAGCUUUACUUUGAAGAGCAAUUUGACUGAACACACGAGAACGCACACUGGAGAAAAACCAUUUAAUUGUUCAGUUUGCGCAAAAACCUUCACUCACAGGAGCUGCCUGACUCAACACAUGAAAACGCACACAGGAGAAAAACCAUUUAAUUGCACAGUUUGCGCAAAAAGUUUCAUUUCAAAACCAAGUUUGAUGCUACACAUGAGAAAGCACACAGGAGAGAAACCGUUUCAUUGUUCAGUCUGUGGUAAAAGCUUUACUCAGAAGAGCCAUUUGACUGAACACUUGAGAACACACACCGGAGAGAAGCCAUUUAACUGCUCAGUUUGUGGUAAAAGCUUUUCUGUAAAGUGGAAUUUGACUCAACACAUGAGAACACACACAGGAGAAAAAACUUUCAAUUGUUUAGUUUGUGGUAUAAGCUUUUUUCAAAAGGGAAGUUUGACUAAACAUAUGAAAAGGCACACUGCUGAAAAUGUGUUUAGUUGUUCAGUUUGUGGUAAAAAGUUUAGGACUAAGAGCCAUUGGACUGAACACAAGAGAACGCACACUGAAGGGAAAAAACAUUGAAUUACUCAGUUUGUGGUAAAAGCUUUUUUCCCAGACCUGGUUUGGCUCUACACUUACUGAAACACACUGGACAAAAACCAUUUAGUUGUUUAGUUUGUGGUAAAAGAUUGUCUCUAAUAAGCAAUUUGACCAAACGCAGCACAAUGCACGUGGGUGAAGAAACUUGCUAAGUUUGAUGCAAAACUAUUGUGAAAGGAACAUUUAGUCGCCUCACAUGAGAAAACACUCUCGAGAAAAAACAUUUAGUUUUUAAAUUUUUGUUUAUUUAUCUUUUUUAUGUACAAAGUAGGGUUGUACGGUAUACCGGUACUGGUAUAGUAUCGCGGUGCUAAUGAAUCAAAAACGGUACUAUACUCUGUUUGAAAAGUACCGGUUCGCCAUAGUUUUUUUUACAGGCAUGACGGCGCGUCGUCGUCACGCAGCGACAUUGCUGGUUUUACGAGCAGAGGAGCACGUUCGGCAGCGCACAUCCCAGCAGGGCGAGGAAUAUCUAAACAUGCUUCACUACACACCGUAGGAGGAUACGAUAGCUCACCGGCGUCACAAUGUAAACAAAUGCCAUGGGUGGAUCUACACCUGACAUCCACUGUAAUGAUACCAAGUACAAGAGCGUAUCUAGUCGAUACUACUAUGAUUACAUCGAUAUUUUUUAUCGUCACAAAAUCUUUUUUCUUUAAAAAAAAAAAAAUCAUAUUAUAUUCAUAAACUCAGGAAAUACGUUCCUGGACACGAUAACUUAAAUUAUGACCGUUAGGGUGUACCCCGCCCGAAUGCAGCUGAGAUAGGCUCCAGCACCCCCCGCGACCGCGAUUGGGACAAGCGGUAGAAAAUGGAUGGAUGGAUGUAUGAUCCUCUAACUACUUGGUAUCGGAUCCAUACCUAAAUUUGUGGUAUCAUCCAAAACUAAUGUAAAGUAUCAAAGAAGAGAAGAAUAAGUGAUUAUUACAUUUUAACAGAAGUGUAGAUAGAACAUGUUCAAAUAAUAAGCAGAUGUUAACAGUAAAUGAACAAGUCGAUUAAUAAGCCAUUUUUACAGUUUGUCCCUCAUAAUGUUGACAAAAUAAUAGGUGUAUAAAUGACACAAUAUGUUACUGCAGACUAAUUAGGAGCCUUUGUUUGUUUACUUACUCCUAAAAGACAAGUUGUCUAGUAUGUUCACUAUUUUAUUUAAGGACUGAAUUGUUCUUCCAUUGCAAUAAUAAACAUAUUGUUAGAAAAAUUGUUUCUAAAUUAUCACAAAAACUUUGUGUUACAUUGAGGGUCUGGUGAGAAGACAAAAGCUGUCUUUGAAACCUAUCAAGAGUAAGGCUCGUAAAACUCCACUGUGUAGGGGGGGAAGCAAAAUGAAGGUGUUCUGUUUUCCUUCAUGUAUGGUAAUCAACAGAAAUAUAUAGUUCUAACCCAAGGACUUGAAAGCGGAGAGGAAGCAGGACCAGACUCCCCUCCAGGCGACCUCUUCUUGAACUGGUUUACGAACGUCUUUUUGAACUAUUUUAUGGACCUCUUUUUGAACUAUUUUACGAACUCUUUUUGAACUGACCUUUUCUGCGAAUUGUUUACGACCUUUUCUGUGAACUUUUUGCGACCUUUGUCCUUUGGAAACAGCGGUGGCCAUGUGGUCGGGGAGGGUCCAAAAUAAAAGGAGUGCAAUCUUUUGGCAGAGCGUGCUGAGAUAAUGUACAAGGGUACAGUGUACAGACGACUCUCCUCAAUAUUGAGUCCAAAUUGAAUUCUGUCUCUGUUUAAUUAUUUGCCUCUUGUCUUGUUUAAUAGAUGUCAUCAGUGUUUGAACCUGACACAAAUGUUUAAUGUACCGUAUGUUUUGUUAAA